GGGGCUGCGAGGGGGAGGCGCGAUGCGGGAAAAAAGCAAACAGUUGAGUUUGGAGCGUCAGUGUGGAGUGGAGAGGAGGAGAGCGCAGAGAAGAAGACGGGCGCCGGGAGGACACCGAGCCGUUAAACUAGCAGGAGAUCAGUGAAUGUGAGCCCAGGAGCAGCUCACACACGACAUGCAGCUCUUCUUUCUCCUCUAUGGAUUAUGAUUUGUGUUUUUCCAACUCUUCUCCGGGCUGCUUCCAUCACUCCGGCAGCGCUGCGCUUCACAGGAAUGUGCGCAGCAGCUUCUCUCGGACGCGUCUGAGCACACAGCGGAGCUAAAAGAGGGGAAAAAAAAACCUUCAGCUGAUUUUAAAUCCCUUUAAAAUACCAAAAUGUUUAUUUUUUAAUGGGACAGACUUCCCCGGAUGCCUUACACGUUUUUGGAGACUUUUACGCAUUUUGGAGACUUGCCUGCCGACUUAAAUGGGUGAUGGAAAUUGACAUUUUGUGCGUGAACAGGGGAUAAUAAUUUUAAUAUCAUAUUUUUUUUUUACCCAAGUGCUCUUGUUUUUCCGGCGAUGAUUGUGCUUUUGCUCUCGCUGUGCAUCGCGGAUGGAGUGCUCUCUCAGAUUCGUUACUCUGUGCCGGAGGAGGCGGACCACGGCACCUUGGUGGGGAAUAUCGCCGAGGACCUGGGAUUGGACCUUACCAAACUGGCCUCGCGCCGCUUCCAGGUGGUGCCCAACUCCCGGACACCGUACCUGGAGGUAAAUCUUGAGAAUGGAGUCCUGUUCGUUAAUGAAAAGAUCGACCGGGAGCUGAUCUGUAAGCAGAGCGCGAGCUGCCAGCUCAACAUGGAGGUGUUCCUGGAGGACCCGCUGGAGCUGUUCCGCGUGGAGAUCGAGGUGGUGGACAUUAACGACAACCCGCCCAGCUUCCCGGAGACUGACAUCACGGUGGAGAUCUCCGAGAGCGCCACUCCGGGGACCCGCUUCCCUCUGGAGAGCGCGUUCGACCCGGACGUGGGCUCGAACGCUUUACGCACGUACGACAUCACCACGAAUAACUACUUCUACCUGGAUGUUCAGACCCAGAGCGACGGGAACAAGUUCGCGGAGCUCGUUCUGGAGAAGCCGCUGGACCGGGAGCAGCAGGCGGCGCACAGGUACGUGUUGACCGCGGUGGACGGAGGUCAGCCUCCACGGACCGGCACCGCGCUGCUUGUGGUGAAAGUGCUGGACUCUAACGACAACGUGCCAGUGUUCGAGCAGCCGGUGUACACGGUGAAUCUGUCUGAGAACGCGCCGGUGGGAACGCUGGUCAUCCAGCUGAACGCCACCGACAUGGACGAGGGAUUAAACGGAGAAAUAGUUUACUCUUUCAGCAACCACAUCUCCAGCCGUGUCAAGGAUCUGUUCAGCAUCGACCCGCGCACCGGGCGCGUCGAGGUGCGCGGGGAGGUGGACUUCGAGGAGAGCAGCUUGUACCAGAUCUUCAUCCAGGCCAAAGAUAUGGGUCCGAACGCCGUCCCCGCGCACUGCAAAGUGCUCGUUAAAGUCAGCGACUUGAACGACAACGCGCCCGAGAUCACCUUCAGCACCGUCACCGAGUCCGUGAGCGAGAAGGCGGCACCGGGGACCGUGAUCGCGCUGCUCAGUGUGACGGACCGGGACGCGGAGGAGAACGGACAGAUUCACGUGGAAAUCCUCGGAGACGUUCCUUUUAAAUUAAAAUCCUCCUUUAGGAACUAUUUCACCAUCGUGACGGACGGCCCGUUGAACCGGGAGCAGGCGGACUCCUACUCUGUCACGGUGGUCGCGCGGGAUAAAGGCACACCCUCUCUAGCCACCAGUAAGUCCAUCCGGGUCCAGGUGUCAGAUGAGAACGACAACGCGCCCACAUUCACGCAGCCCAUCUAUGACGUGUAUGUGACUGAGAACAACGUGCCAGGGGCGUACAUCCACGCGGUGACGGCCCUGGAUCCAGACGUGGGUCAGAACUCUCUGAUCACCUACUCCAUCUUGGAGACUGAAAUCCAGGGCAUGUCAGUGAAGACCUAUGUGUCCAUCAACGAGGAGACGGGCUACCUGUACGCGCUGCGCUCCUUUGACUACGAGCAGCUCAAAGACUUCACCUUCAUGGUGCAGGCCAAAGACGCCGGCACCCCCGAGCUGUCCUCCAACGCCACGGUCAAAGUCAUCAUCGUGGACCAGAACGACAACGCCCCCCUGGUUCUGGCCCCUCUGGGGAAGAACGGCACAGCAAAGGAGCCCCUCCCUCGGUCGGCCGAGCCGGGCUACCUGGUGACCCGCAUAGUGGCCAUGGACGGGGAUGACGGCGAGAACGCCCGUCUAUCCUACAGCAUCCAGAGGGGCAACGAGAACGGGAUGUUCCGCAUGGACUGGAGGACCGGCGAGCUGCGGACCGCCCGGCGGGUUUCGGUGAAGCGAGACCCCCACCAGCUGUACGACCUGCUGAUCGAGGUCAGAGACCACGGCCAGCCGCCUCUGUCCUCGAGCGCCAGCGUCAUGGUGGUGCUGGUGGACAGUGUGGCGGAGGGCCGGGGCAACGGGGAAAGGGGGGGCGCCGCCAAGACCAAAGAGGGCACCCUGGACCUGACCCUGAUCCUGAUCAUUGCCCUGGGCUCUGUCUCCUUCAUCUUCCUGCUGGUCAUGAUCGUGCUGGCCGUGCGCUGCCAAAAGGACAAGAAGCUGAACAUUUACACGUGUCUGACCAGCGACUGCUGCCUGGGCUGCACCACCUGCUGCUCGAGGGGGGGCCGCGCCCGCAAGAAGAAACUCAGCAAGUCGGACAUCAUGCUGGUUCAGAGCGCGGGUAACGUCAGCGGGGCCGGGACCGCUCAGGUCCCCGUGGAGGAGUCAGGCAGCUUCGGCUCACACCACCAAAACCAGAACUAUUGUUACCAGGUAUGUCUGACUCCAGAGUCCGCCAAAACCGACCUCAUGUUCCUAAAGCCGUGUAGUCCGUCACGGAGCUCAGACACGGAGCACAACCCGUGCAGCGGGGCCGUAGUCACAGGGUACACUGACCAGCAGCCUGACAUCAUAUCAAACGGCAGCAUUUUAUCCAAUGAGACCAAACACCAGCGAGCCGAGCUCAGCUACCUGGUGGAGCGGCCGCGACGCGUCAACAGCUCGGCGUUCCAGGAGGCCGACCUGGUCAGCUCCAAAGACAGCGGCCACGGCGACAGCGAGCAGGGAGACAGCGACCACGAUGCCACCAACCGAGGCCACUCCUCCGGCGCUGAUCUCUUCUCUAACUGCACGGAGGAGUGUAAAGCCCUGGGCCACUCGGACCGCUGCUGGAUGCCGAGCUUUGUGCCCUCCGACGGGCGCCAGGGCCCGGACUACCGCAGCAACCUCCACGUGCCCGGCAUGGACUCGGUCCCGGACACAGAGGUAUUUGAAAGCCCCGAGCAGACGGCUGAUAAGUCGUUCUCCACGUUUGGCAAAGAGACGCCUCUCAGUCACCUCCACCAAAUCCACCAAAACCACCAACACCUCAAAAACCAUCAUCACCUCAGCCACCAGCAGGGCUCCAUAGAGAGGAAAGAGUUGGAGGCUUUUCUGCCUAGCUCCAGAGCGCCUUUUAACCCCGCUUACUUAACGAGGAAAAGGGUUUGCUAGCUCCUUUCGCGUGGACAUACCAGAGACCGCGUGACUUUGCACAAUCACUCCUGGAUGACCAAGGCUAUAAAAAAAAGAAAGCAUCAAAAUUGAGCCCAUACUACCCCCCAACCCCACCCUCACCCCCUCCCCCCACCCUGUCUCCCCCCUCCUCACCUGGGAAAAUAAACUACCAAUAAAAACACGAUUACACACCUUAAGAAGGAAGUGAAGAUCCCUCCAUCCUGGACUCUUUGGAGCACUGACCCCACCUGCAGGAUGUGGAACUCUUUUUCGGGGGGGGGGUUUGCAGGGAGGUGGAUGGAUAGCCUUACUCGCUGGGAGGACCCCACUGUCUCAGCCGGACUGAGAACCUAACGGAGCAGGAGGAGGAGGAGGAGGAGGGGGGACUCUGAUCUCUCUGAGCUUUUCCAAUCUGCG